AUGACGGCGGUUGUAGUGGCACCGCUUUUGCACCGGGGCCAGCUCAUACAUGCCAUGGGCGUGUUCAAGAACCAUGUUAUGUCGCUCGGAAUGAAUUCUCAACGCAGACUUUUAAUAUCUGAGCGUGCACAGAUCUGCGUACAGGCCCUGCCCCCAGGCCGCGUCAAGCUCCUUGCGUUGCGUCAGUGCCUCAUCGCGAUCGCGUCACACUCCUACAUGCCGCGUCAAACCCCACCCUGCGCGUCAGCACUGCAACCAUACUACAUCAUUCGUUCGAAGAAGAAAGUAGACGACAUACGUGCAUACAUCAUCCAUUUUGCGGUGACAUCUCUUUUCGCGAUGAAGUCGAAAAAUGGCUCGGUGGCAUGCCUUUGGUGCAUGGUCGGUGAUUUCAAAAAGUGUGCGCAAGCUCGGGAGAAGGAGUGGGACGAUAGCGAGCUCUUGAAGAUAGCUUGGACCCCAAGUGCCCUGACCACACUAGAAGCAAGGGUGUUCGAGUAUUCUGAAGAAUGUGCGCCCGUGAAAAGUCGCUGUGCUUCGCAGAGGCCCAGAAAGGGAGGAAAACAAAAUAUUGGAUGAUAAUGUCGUGUGUCUUAAGGAUGAAUAAAAGCACAAGAGUAGUGCCUUUGGCGUCACAGUGGCCGCGUCAACACACGGCCGCCCACUAGUACUGCCGCGUCAAGAAGUGCGUGCAUAUAGGUCAUCCAAUAUGAUGCAAUUCAGCUGAUCGCUGCUAGUGCCUCCUACUAGACCGCGCGGUGGCAGAAAUCCGGUCUGCUGGACUGAAGUUUGCGCGGCAUCAACAACAUUAGCUUCAAAACGCCGUAAUUCGUUGAACCUGUGAUAUGAUCAGAAGACUUGGAACCCACUGGCAGGCGCAACAAGUUGAAUACAACAGGUUACCGAGAUAUUCGGGUCCAGGUUGUAUGUCAGUUUUGAGGGGGCGUGCGCACUGCUGGCGCCUGCAACAGCCGC